GUGACACACAGGAGAAUGGGGGCAGGGUUCUUGUGCAUCGGAGGUCAGGAUUGGUGCAAGGCGGGUGAGAACUGGUGCCUCCCUGGCACUGACGGAGGUGCUGGGCACCUGAUGUGAUCGAGGCAUCAGAGAGAGAAAGGAGGGCUGAUGGGGGGAGGGAGGAAGGAGGAAAGGGAGAAGAUGGUCUGAUUCCCGUGUAAGGGAAGCCUGCCUUCCAUCUAGCACUGUGGCCUGACUGUGACCUCCCUGGCCCCCACAGACACCACUCCCAGUCAUGAUGCCCACACACACGCCCUUGGGGUGUUCUCUGCCUCCCUGUUACAGGCCUCAGGAAUGUCAGAGACCCUGUAUCCAAUGGCUCUCACAAGCCUGGUCUAGGCCACACCCCAUCUGGUCUAGUUAGAAUGGAAGCGCCUGGAGAACAGAGACUAGCUCUCCUUCUUAUCAAUGCCCCUCCAGUGACUAGCACAGUGCGGGGCAUACAGUAGGUGAUCCAGAAAUGCUCGCUGGACUGGACUGCAUUAACAAGGAUCCACAGUAGGAUGGCUGACAAGCAGCCCUCAAACAGCAAAGGCCAUGACUCCAGAGGGUUCAGAAGUGGUUAGCUGGGAAUGGAAGCCACAGCCCUCUGGGGCUUGGCCAGCAAGUCCCUGCCCAGAAGCUUUGGGGCUUACAUGGGCUUCUGACAGCUUGCUGGGGGGGGGGUCACCAAUGCAGCAGAGAGAGAGGCCAACGAGAGACGGGCCAUCUUGAACGCAAUACAGUGGGACUGCGUGGUAUCUCUCAGCUGCCCUGUGUGGGGGGUGAGGAGAUACCUGCAAGAGGCACGUGGUGCUGUGGACUCUGGGCAUGCCCCCCCCAGCCUCAGUUUCCUCCUCUGUAAGACUAGAGGUUGAGAACAGAUGGUCUCUAAGGCAGCUCUGAGCUGGGCCCUCAUGAGGGGCCUGUUUCCCCUCCUAAGACAAAUGGACACAGUAGACGGUCUCCAAGGUUCCGUCCAGCUCUGAAUCAUAAAACACCUAGGAGCAGUAGGUGGGAUUUAUGGGUGUAGAUUCCAGCACCAAGUGCCCAACAUUUAGCAGCUGCUGCCUGUCCCUGAGUACAACGGGCUUUCUUGGGGAAGCGAGCUCCCGGCCUGGAGUUCUCCAGGCACCAUGUGGUGGAACGGCUAUGGGGAAGGCUGAGGAGGAAAUGCCACCGAGGUGGGGGCUGCCAGAUGGAGGCACCAGAGGAUCAGAGAGGACCUUGGAAGCCAUCAGCAAGAAGGAAGGCACUUCGCACAGGGUACCCAGGACGCGGUGCACCUUGCUCUGGGGGCACAUUUCUCAGAACUCCCCUCGACGUGAAGAGACCACAUGACUCUGGGACAACGGACUUCAUCCAUCACCAGCCUCCCCCUCCCAAGGGGAAAUCAUGGCGCUGGACUCGACUUUGUCCUGGAGGGACUCUGCCGAUAGGAAAGGAAGCACUUCUCAGGAGCCCCCCGGCCUCCACCUCUUCUUUCUCCUGUGGCCCCAAGCAGGCUCUGAUUCACACACUGACGAUCGGCAGAGGUCCAGCCUGUGUCGCAUCUGUAAUGGAGGAGCGUGGAGGUGCAGCCCUGAGCGACCCGCCUACCCCGUCCUCUCCGGCCCGCUUCUGAGGGAUGUCUGUAUCAAAUACGGGGAAUGGGGAAACGUGGAGCACCUUCCUCUUCUGCAUCAGAAAGAAAGGUCCUUCAGAGCGAGUGUGGCUGCAGCUGUGGGUGCCAGCCGCCAAUCCCUCUGUGCCAUUCUGGGCUGGAAGAGUCUGGAGGGCGGGUCACAAUACAAGGGUGGACUUGUGAUGUCAUCAGUGAGAAGGCGGACAUCUUCUCUGCUCCCACUGAGAGGUCAGUGCCCGGGGUCACUCAGCCAGGUCACAAGCCGAGCAGCCCUGACACGGAGGUGCUGUGAUGAUCCCGUUGUACAGUUAAAGAAACUGAGGCAGACAAAAGGCCUGGCGCUCUACCGGCUCCCCCAGAGGCAUCCAGGCAGCUCUGUCUUUACAACCGGCCAGAUCUAAGGGAAGGAAGCUACCAGCCUGGGUUCUUUGACCAUAAUUCUGCAAGGAAGCCUGCUGGUAAGAGUUGACAGCCAUUAUUAUUAACAACAUGGCGGUCCUCUGUCUAAGGGAUCCGUAUGAAAUGGGCACUGUCUCCUGCUGUUUCUCCUGUCUCCAUGCCUCUGCUCAUGCCGUCCCCUAGCCUUCGACCAGACGCUCCCUUCCCAUCUGCAGACAUCUUUCACUAAAGGCCCCACUGGGUGCCUCCUCCUUGAAGCCUUCCCUGGUUCCCCUAGCAGCAAGGGCUUGCCUGUUCUCUCACCCCUGCCCAGAUAUCUCAGGCUGGUCUUCCACUGCAGUUUACCUUAACUCUACUCAUUCUGUUCUUACACAGCAAGCUUCCCUAGUACGCAGGCCAUGAAAAAAAAGCAAGGGGCAUGUACCUUUCAUGGCCAGUUAAGAGACUAUUUGGAAAGCGCUUUACAAACCUUCAAGUGUCGUGUCAACGCCAGCCAUUAUCAUUACUGUUGCUGUAAUAAGAAAUGGUAAAACAUAACAGAGGCGCAACACAGUGCAGGAGUGAGGGAAUGAUGUGGAUCAGAAGACCCAGGUUCAAAUCCUGGCUGUGUGACCUUGGGCAAAUUGGUGAAGCCCUGAACUGACUGGGCCCUCCCCACUCUAAGUCUGCUCUCAAAGCGGUGUCAGAUGGCAGCUCCCUCCCCCAGCUGCCCCAUGGCCUAUAUAAGCUGAUGCUAUGCACUGAGCGAGCCCUCGACAAAUGCCUUGUUGGAUUUACUGGACAGGACUGGGCCAGGCUCCAGCUUUGAACAUCUAGUGCUAAGUGCAAGGCUAGGAACACAGAAGGCGCUUAAUAAAUGCUUGCUGGAUUCAACUAAAUCUCUUCUGCUCCUCUGGAGCCAUCACACCAUUUUCAAGGCCCAGACUUCAUUCGCUGCCCUGUCCCCAACUCCAGAAAUGAGGCCAUGAGGAAAGGUCUUGAAGAUUCCUCUUCUCCAUGAUUUCCCCAUCCCUGAUGGCGGAUCCCUGGCUCCAAACAGGUCUGGGGGCCUAUGUCCAAGGAAGCAGUGUGGCAGAGUGGUGAGGGCACUGGCCGUGGAGUCUGAGGCUUUGGACUGGACUCAUUCCCGCCACCCACUGUCACCUUCAUUGAGCCCCUUCACCCCAGUUUGGGCCCCUGAGGGCCUGGGCCAGGUGAUCCACCCAGUUCUGAGGGCCUGCUCUCCAACAGGGCCAGAUGAAGCUAGCAGAAGCAGAGGCCCUUCCCCUCAUGGCCCAUCCUAGCUGCACAGGCUGACCCGGCAGCAGCAGGGACCCCGAGUGCAGCUUGCACAGAAGCGGAUAAAAUACAUGAGGACGUGACAGAGACCCAGUAACGAGGCAUGCCGGGUGAGAGCGCCCAAGCGUGUAAGUCCUUGUGGCACACGGAGGCCUCGCUCACUGCUGGUUAUCCAUAUUUAAUAUUUUCCUUGGUUAAUUUUUAACUAUGUUUGCUGUCGAGGGCCAUUAGUAGGGCCAGGGAGCCGGGCUCAGUGAGCAGGAAAGAAGCGCCUGGUAGCAGGAAGCCCCAGCAGCCACCGCGGCCCUGCACUUUGGAGGCCUGCCGCUCGGCUCUUUGGGCUGGUGCGGACGGCUGGAUGGCAUCGUGGAGCUUGAAUAAAACAUGAUUCCGUCGGGAGGGACUCGGUCUUUUCCACCCUGUCAUCAUCAUUCUUCUUCAAACGCAGGUUCACAGACUCCUUUCAUUUCCCUCAAGCCCCAAUUUCCAAAAGUAGCAAAAAGACUUCAGGGACUUCUGAUGACUUGUGUGCCCGUGGAUAGAGACCAACAGCACUUGGAUGCCAGAAAAACAACGUGGUGCAAUGGGGAGCUGAGGCUGGGCUAAGUGACCAUCUUAUAGCACUGUGGUCAAAAUGCAAGAGUGGCAGUGUGGCGUGGGGCAGAAAGCACAGGAUUUGGGAGGCAGGCAGGCAGUCUAAAUCUGGACUCCGAACUUACUAGCUGUGUGACACCAGGCAAGUCACCUCAUUCUCUGGGCCUAUUUCUUCAUCAAAUGAGGGUACGGAACAUCAUGGCCUCUCAGGUACUUCAAGCUCUGAAUCUAUGAUCCUAUUACCAUUUAUUGAAGCUGGUAGGAGAUGAGUGGGCACCAGUCAGCCCCUUCCCACCUGCCUAGGCUUUUUCCAUCAUUGUGCCAAAGUUCUGGAGGAUGCUGAAAUUCCAUUCCAUAGCAGUAGCACAAAUCUCACCUUGGGGCUUUAACUCAGUUCAUGUUAACACGCAGUUAUUAAGCACCUACUACAUUCAAGAUUCUAAGCUAGGUGCCAGAAAUGGAAUGAAAAAAGCAACACAGCUCUGCACAUAAGGCCAUUACAUUCUCCUUGGGAAAAGAAAAGCAACUAAGUCAGUGCAAGGCAGUUAGGGGAAAGGUGGGGAAGAGGAAGAGGGAAGAAGGAAGAGAGAAGGGAGGGAGGAAGAGA